GGCAACCCCUCCACCAAUGCCCAACUCUUCUAAUUCGACAUAUGAUGGGAGAACUGGACGCACUAAACCUCAUCCAUCCUCCUGCAAAUCCGUCAUCGCCACCGCCCUUUGUUGUGUUCACAGCCGUCGCCAUAUAUCCUCUGACGGAGUUGGCGCUACAGACUAGUCUCUUCAGCCUCCGAAACCAAAGGACAAAGAAAAAGAAGAAGAGGAGGAGGAAGAAGGAGAACAAGAAGAGGGCGAAGAAGAUCACCUACUGGCUUGGCUGGAGAAAUCGCAUAAAAGGUGUCGGCAACGAGUGCGAGCCUACGAUCGAUGGCGGAGCUGCGGUGCGAGGCCACAAUGAUGGAGGAGCGGCAGUCUGUGGUAGAGGGAGGACUCGCAAGCGGAUGAAUAGAUAGAGGCCUAUCAAGAGAAAUCGAUUGAUUGCAGUGAGAAGUCAACUUCCUGGGUUUAAUUAAAUUAAGCGGGGUAAAAGAGUAAUCUUUAGUCAUAUUUAUAGAAUAAUAAACUUAAAGCCCUAUUUAGGAAAUUAUGUCAUGUUUUAGUCCCAUUUAGGGUAAUUUUUUUUAUUAAACCAAAAAAACUAUGACACAACAAAAAAUGUAUGGGGUAGUUAGCCGAUAGCCGAUUGUAUAAUAUGAAUGAUAUAGCGGGUUCUGCUAGCAAUUUUAAUUAUCCGUUGUCAUUAGCGGGUUGAAGUAACUGUUUGGUAACUUAAACGUUUGCGCUGUUGAGACGUAAAAUGACCAUUAAGCUAAAGACAUGAAUACAAAAGUAUUAUAUAUAUAUAGAGUCAGGUUCUAAUGAGAAGACAUCUUAAAGUGAGAAGUGAGAAUUUACAAAUUUA